UACUGAACGGUAUAUUUCUAAUUUUAAUGAACUGUAUAGGAGAGCAAGGAUUUAGAGAGAAUCCAAGCGAGAUAUGCAGAGGGAAUCUUUAUUAUCGCUGACCGCAAUUCCACAUAUUCGCCACAAGAGGAAGAUCGCCAUAACACACUAUCGACGUUAGCGUUCCGUAAUGUCAGCGAGGCAGGCAUCUACACAUAUAAUCUUCUCCCAGAAACAGAAAUGUACCAGAAGAUCGCUGCGACUCAAGUUGUUUGUGCUGACGAGCUGCGUCAGGUUCUAUUGGCAUUCAAUUGUUUGCAACAGGCAUCUGCUACGCUGGUCCUGAAUAUGUUGCAUCAACAUCGCCCCUCUGAAACUGUCGGAGAAGCUUGGGAGGCCGAGUACGAUGAUAGUCUUGGAAAUGAGUUUUAUUUUAUUUCUUCUCUGAACCCCAUCUUUGAUGGAAAACCCUUUGGAUUCGUGUCUUGGUUUUUGUACCGUCGCUUUCAAGUCAUCUUGUUUGGAGUUCGUAUUCUAUUGCAAUCAGGGGAAUACCACACUGCCUUGAAUCCAGGAAAAGACUACAUCUUUCAACAUAACGAGCAAUGUAUAUUCAUUGCGCAGAACCCAACUGAUCUAGAUGAAAUUAACGCGCUCACUGAACAGUAUCUGGAGAGAUUCCUUCAACACCUUUAUGACAGUCAGGAAGACUUUGACUAUCAUGCAAAAAACUUUUCAAAGGCUCUCCUGACACUCUCACCUACAAAAUGCCCCUCGCGAAAGCAUAAAAAAGCAAGGUCAUCACAGCGUGGUACCAACAAUGACAUCAACCCUUACAGCCGAACUACCGGAUUUUGUUCGCAUCAUUCUGCCGCACCCACCAUCAACCAUGAGGAUGAUGAGAUUGAUGUGGUUCCUGAAGUCAGCUUCGUGUCUGGGGAUGAAGGUGGCGCAGACCAAGGCUCCAAUGAGUCAGCGUCAUCUCAGCCUGCUAAACGCCAUCUAUUGCCUCACUACAGUCGCAGUGAUAGGAACCCCAAUACAAAGUCCAGAGCAGAACGAGAGUACCAAAAGGAGCUUGCAAAGAUAGGCUUUCAGGAUUCUGAAUCCAAUAACCUACGCAUUGAUUAUCCACCAGCCCCUUUCCCUGGCGCCAAGGUACCGCUUUGUAUCUUAGUCGACACUCGGAAUGGAGGCGGCCGGACUCUGAAAGAUAUGAAGAUUAGCAGCUGGGAUGAUCUCUUGAAACGGAAAGAGAAAGCACGACAGAUUGAACUCAAUCAGAGGGCGGGACUUGAGCCUGGAAUGGCCUCUUCUGCUGCGUUAGGUGAUAAAAAGAGUAAUAGGCUGAGCCAGAGCCCUUCAAACCCCAAUACGGAGCCAGGUCACAUCCUCAUCUGUUCUCCAAACUAUGAUAUCUUCCGACUGAUCUGCACAUUAAGGUCUUCCCAUUUGAGAAAGCUACAGGAUGUAGUCGUUCUUUGCUCGCGUAAACCCAAUGACCAAGAGUUCAGGGCGCUGAAAUGCUUCCCUCGACUAUAUUUCUUGAUUGGCGACUGUCUCUCCCGGGAGGAUCUUGAGCGAGGAGGGAUUACAAAGUCAAGCAAGUAUCUGUUCUUGAGGCAUCCGCAGAACGCUGGUGUAGAUGGAUCCUUCUUUGACAGUGUCGCUGUCAUUAAUAGGAUCUUGGUGCAACAGAUCUUUUCUGAUGCUGAAAAUGCAAGAACGGGCUGCCAUGAGAGUAGUGAGGCUCACCAUUCACAUUCAUCGCCGUCGGUGAUGAAUGGUCAUUAUGACCUAUAUGAUCCAGCCAAGAGCAUGUCCUUGAGGAUGCCUCCAUCUACCAAGAAACUGUCGCGUCAAGUCUUGAACGAGGGACCACAGUGUGUGUAUGAGCUAGUAGAAGAACGUUCUGUUGAAUUCCUCGAGCUUCGCAAUACUGAGACCAGUAUUAAACGUAGUAACCACUACACUGCAGGAUCUCAAGCACUAGGACUAGGUUCUAAUUAUUAUGAGCCCUCACAACAGCAACAACAUGGUCCACGGAAAAAACUUCUCUCGGAGAAAGACUUUUAUCAUAAUGCAAUAUAUGCCUCUGGAGGUGUACUGGUCGGCGGACUUUUGGACCAUGUCCUUUACCAGCUUUAUUCGAACCCCAGUAUCCUACAAUUGAUCAAAUUACUCUGCGGUAUCCGGACCAAGGCUGAUGUGAAACGAGAUUUCCAUCUAUUCAAGCAAUUUGGUGCCGGAUGUUACCUUCAAUGUAUUCCUGUUCCUGAGGAAUUUGCUGUUCAAACCAUGAAACCUAAUAGAGAUCAUGACAACAGCCGAUCAUCAUCAUCGCCAAGCGCAUCAGCCAGCUCAAACGAUAGUGAAAGCAGUAGUGAUGCCGACAAUGAUGACGAUGGCGAACAUGUUGACGAUAAACACGAUGAUGCUGCAGAGGAGGAAGAAGACUCAAAGGAGUCGAGCAAGAACAAAAGCGGAAGCCAUAGCAGUGACAGCAAAAAGAAUAACAAAAAGAAAAAGAAGCUUCGUUCAUCCUUAUCAAAGGUUGCAUCGAUGGGCAAGCAAAAGGUCUCGAAACUGUUCCAUUCGCAUCAUCACCACAGUAAUCACAGUGAUAGCAGCGUCAAUUUUGAUGCAGAUUACAUGAAGAAGAAUCGCCACAAGAACUUCUUGCGUCUGUAUGAGCACUUUGCAUUGGAUCGUGGGAUCAUUCCCAUUGGUCUACUGCGACUGCAGGGAGAUGAUCCCAAGACAGUCUAUCUGGGCAUUGGAGGUAGUUCAAGGUGUUAUGCGAUUACGAACCCGCUGCUGGACACGGUUUUGUUGGAUACUGAUCAGGUCUUUGUGCUGACUCGAGAAAGUCUCUGAAAUAAAAUAUUUUUAAUACACG